AUGUCUUCUUUCACCGCCCAAAAGGCCAAAUUGUUUGACGAUUCCAGCGAUGAUGAUGAAGUUGAAGAAGCUGCUGAAGAGGAGGAUGAGGAGCUGCAGGCGGCCAAGGUGCUGAACGUGGGCAACAGCUACGCGCAACGGUACAACGACUGGCGGCGAAAAGAGGAGCUCUCGAAGUUGAAGCAAAAGUACGGCGACCACCUUGAUGUGCCCUCGGAGGUGGAAGGCUCCGGUGAUGAUGAUAGUGGUGAUGAUGGUGAAGAUGUUGAUGACGAAGAGGACAGCGAUGUGUCCAGCGAUGAUGAUGACGAUGACGACUCCCUGCACGAUGAUCCCUUUGAUGAGCAGUUUCUGAAGGUGUACUCGGCGCUAAAGAACAAGGCGCCGGAGAUUUACGACAAGGACUUUGCUGCUGCUGCUAAAGGUGAUGAUGACGAUGAGGAUUCUUCUGCUAAAGAGGAAGGCGCUACCAAAAAGUCACCUCAAAAGGGCAAAACAGCAGCAGCCCAAAAGAAGUUCACCCUUCAGGACUACCACCAGAAGCUGAUCAAGGAGAAGAAGGGCGUCACCGAGGAGGAUGAACAGAUGCUCGGCGGUGGUGGUGGUGAUGCAGAGGGUGAUGAGGAGGCGGAAAAGCCAAGCGGCUACUACGAGGAGCUGUACAACAUUCGCCGGGAGAUUAAGGACAUUGCCAGAGGAGAAAAUAACUUCAGCGAUGAUGAUGAUGAUCAGCUCUUCUCCAUCAAAAACUCUGGCUCUCCAUCAAAAAAGACCACUGAACCAGCGGCAAAAAAGAAAGAUGAUCAGCAAAAGGAGCAGCUCAUUUCGCAGAUCUGGAGCAAAUCUGAAAAGAAAGCAUCAGCUGACACCGGUGACGAAUUUCUCAAGGACUACAUCCUAAACAAGCGGUACCUCGAUCCGACGCUGACCUCUUCUGUAGUGAGGCGCUUCAAGGCGGAACCAAAUAGCCACUUCGGUGGCUUUGAGAAAGCUGCCGAAGUUGCUGCUGCUGAUGAUAAUGACUCCAGUGAAGAAGACGAAGAGGAUGAUGAUGAUGAUGAUGAACAGCAAAAGUCUUCAGAGCCGGCCAUCGCCAAAUACCACUACGAGGAACCGGACGCGACCGUCAUCAAGCGCUACCCUCGAGCCAUUGACUCCAUUCGCGAUACGAUCAAUGAAAAGGACAAAAAGUCCCACCGAGCGGAAGUUCGCGAGCGAAAGAAGGCGGAAAAGACUGCUGAGCUGAAGCGCUUGCGGCGGCUGAAGCGCGAGGAGAUCGAGGCGAAGAUUGCCCAGCUGAAGGCUGUUUCCGGGGCGUCCUCUUUCGAUGUAAAGGACCUCGAUCUGAACGUCAUCGUCGACGAUGAGAAUGAAUUUGACGGGGCAAAGUACGACGAGAAGAUGAACCUUCUCUUUGGGGAUGAGUACUAUGACAUUAAUGGCGCCGAUGAGACGAAGCCGUCCUUUGAGUACGUGCCGGAGAUUGACGAUGACCUCUACGGCGAUGAAAUGGAAAAGGUCAAAAAGCCCAAAAAGAAGCGCAGCAAGCGGGAGAUCAAGGCGCAGCGGGACAUCAUGGCCGACGACGACAUUGGCCUCUUUGAGGACAUUAUCGCCGGCGGCGAGGUGGCCACCCGCUUUCGCUAUCGCCUGGUGGAGCCGAACGACUUUGGCCUGACGGACGAGGAGAUCCUCCGGGCGGACGACCGCGAGCUGAACAAGUGGUGCUCGCUGAAGAAGAUGUCCCAGUACCGGAGUGGCGAGGAGGAGGCCCGGGAUAAGCGCGCCUACGGCCAGCGGAAGAACAACGAGGAGCUGAAGCGGAAGAUACUGAAGAGUCUCUAUGAGGAGAAGAAGGAGGGUGAUGAAGAGGCGGAGGGUGAUGAGGGUGAUGAAGAAGGUGGUGAACUUCAAGAGCUAAAGGAGAAAGAGGGCGUGAACGGAGCCAAAGCAGAAAAAGGUGAGACGAAUGGAAGUUCGAAAAAGAAGCGGGGCAAAAAGCGAAGGAAGAAGGCGGCCAAGGGCGCUACCACUGCUGCUGCUGAUGAUGAUGGUAAUCAGGAAACUUCCGCAUCAAAUAAGAACCCUGAUGAAGGUCAUGGUGGUAAACAGGCUGAAUCAUCACCGGUGAAGAAGGCAGUGGUGGUCAAAGGACCACAGACCAAAGGACCUACAACGCCCACAAACGGCAACACCAACAAAACCUCAAAAAAGCGAAAGCGAAACCAAUCAUCCAAACAACAACAUCAGCCCAACAAAAGGCAAAGAGGAAGUGGAAAACCAGCAAAUGGACCUGGCGGAUCCCUAGCCCCCGGAACCGACGUCACCGUACAGCGGCUGAAAGCCUACGGCAUGAGCAAUCGUGAUAUUCGCAAGAUGAAUAAGAGAUAA